CAUUUUCUUGUCUCCCAAACACGUUUCUCUUUCUCUCUCUGAGAGGGGAAGAGAAGAUUAGGGCAAAAUCAAAAUAAAAACAAAACUAAUAAUUUUCAAAUAAAAAUUCCAACUUUUGAAGAGUUUUGGAAUCUCACAACUGGCACCAGUGACGUUUAUCUAUACAGCUUGUGUCCUAGAUCUGAUCGACUAAUGUGCUUUUCUAGCGAACCUGGGUUUCAAAGGUGAAAACCAUAUAUUUUGAUCAUCUGGGGUAUUCUGGGAGUGAAGGAGCUUGUCAAAGUUGAGAUCUUUGGUUGUAAUGCAGCUUUGACUUGCUGAAUUUGUUUCUGGGUUGGGUUGUUUUUGCUUGAAAUUGAGUUGUUGAAUUUGUUUCCACUUUUAAAUUUAAAUAAUGGUUUUCUGGGAAGGAUAUGUCAGUGAUGAAGUGAUGGGCACAUUUGCUCCUAUUGUGGUUUAUUGGGUUUAUGCUGGAUUUUAUCACUUGCUGCCGCCUUUAGAUAAUUUUCGGUUGCAUACUCAGAGAGAUGAGGAAAAGAAGAAUUUGGUGCCCUUUAAAGCAGUUGUGAAGGGUGUUUUGCUUCAGCAGCUUGUUCAGGCAAUUGUUGCACUCACAUUGUUGACUACAACAGCAAAUGCAAACGCAUCUGGGGUUAUAGUGCAGCCUUCUAUCACCAAGCAAGCUUUGCAGAUCCUCAUUGCGAUGUUUGUGAUGGAUUCAUGGCAGUACUUUGUGCAUCGGUACAUGCAUCAGAACAAGUUCCUAUACCGCCAUAUCCACUCCCAGCAUCAUAGGUUGGUUGUUCCUUAUGCAAUAGGAGCCCUCUACAACCACCCGAUGGAAGGUCUUCUACUCGACACUGUAGGUGGGGCCAUCUCAUUCCUUGUCUCAGGGAUGACCGCGAGAACAGCCGUAGUGUUCUUCUGCUUCGCCGUUGUGAAAACCGUCGAUGAUCACUGUGGACUCUGGUUGCCUGGGAAUAUCUUCCAUUUGUUUUUCCAGAAUAACACAGCUUAUCAUGACAUUCAUCACCAACUACAAGGGCUGAAAUACAAUUACUCUCAGCCAUUCUUUCCCAUAUGGGAUAAACUUCUUGGGACACACAUGCCUUUCAAUCUCGUAAAGCGUCCUGAAGGGGGGUUUGAGGCAAGGCCUGCAAAGGACUAGUACACUGUAAUUUUUAUUGCACCACUUUUUUUUCUUCCUUAGAACUACAGGGGUUUUCUUCUGCAAAACAUUUCUCUAAGCUGAUUGGAGCUUACCAGUUCUUUUUUGUGGUCGCUUGACAGUGUUAUUAUGUGACAGUAGGUUUGCCAACCCACCUUGUGUAGCAUAACUUUAAUGUGGUUAAGAAGCUUUUUCAUUAUUGUUUUUA